CACACUCCAAAUCGCGCAGAAGAACUCUUCAAAACGCUGCUGAGGAAACCACGAAUAUUAUUUUCAAACGUUUCUUGUUUUAUUGCUUGUUUUAUUUACUGAAAUUGAAUCAUGGCGUCAACAAAAGAGCUCCUAGAGAUGGAUCUUUACGCUUUACUGGGGAUUGAAUCGAGCGCGACAGAGAAACAGAUCAAGAAAGCGUACCGACAGAGAGCUCUGUCCUGUCAUCCUGAUAAAAACCCUGACAAUCCCAAAGCUGCGGAGCUCUUUCAUCAGCUGUCUCAGGCUCUGGAGGUUCUGACCGACGCCGCUGCCAAAGCUGCUUACGAUAAGAUCCGUGCCGCUAAGAAACAAGCGGAGGAGAGAAACAGAAAGCUAGACGACAAGAGGAAGAAGAUUAAACUCGAUUUGGAGGCGCGUGAGCGACAGGCAGAUAAUGUGAAAGCAGACGAGGUUCAAAUCACCCGCACAUUAGAAGAAGAGAUCGCCCGUCUGAGGGAGGAAGGAUCACGAGAACUACAGGAGCAACAGAGACUCAUACGAGAGCAGAUCCAGAGAGAGAGAGGCAUUUACACAGGCACAGAUUCUUCAGCAGCACAUCAGGGUGACAGCAAUGUGACUCCUAAAUUAAAGCUGAAGUGGAAGUGUAAAAAAGACGACGCUAGCAACGCGGGCUAUUCUCACGAAUGCCUUCAAAGCCUCUUCCAAAAGUAUGGAGACGUCUUGAACGUUCUGAUAUCCAGGAAGAAGAAAGGCAGUGCUGUGGUUGAGUUUGCUUCAGCAAAAGCAGCUGACCUGGCGUUUAAAAACGAGACCGGUCUGAGUGGAAACCCUCUGAAAAUCACAUGGUUGGAAGGACAACCGGCCCCAGCGUCACACAUCGACUCCUUCAGCACAGAACAGAGCGCUCUGCGCAGCGAGCGUGAUUACGAGAGCGUGGUGCUGAUGAGACUCAGACAGGCGGAGGAGAGGAAGAGGCUGAUCGAGGAGAUGAAGAGGCAGGAGGAAGAGGACGAGACGGCGUGACUCUACAGUUAAACUCGCACUGAUCAAUAAAACCUUCUGAUCAAUA